CCUGACUUAAACCCUAAGCGAGGAGCUGGAUCCAAGGCGAUUCUGAGAGCUGGAUCGCGAUGAGGCCUUCUACAGCUCUCGGCAUGAUGGUCAAGGGUGUUGGGGGAUUCGUUUUUGGAAGCGGAGAUCAUCCGCCAGAGGACGAUGGCGGAGUGGAGCAAUUGCUUGAGACUAUCAGCAAUGGUACGCUCGCUGUGGACAGGCGAGCUGCCAUGGAGGAGCUUCGUGUUCUCGUGGACGAAAAUCGCCAAGCACAGCUGGCCUUUGGAGCCAUGGGAUUUCCGGUGCUCAUUGGUGUGCUCAGAGACGAUCGUGACGACGUAGACAUGGUCCGAGGAGCGCUGGAAACGCUCGUUACUGCUUUAAGCAACGCGACUCAAGAUGAUCACGGGCAGCUUUCUCCUGGUCUUGUGAACUGUGAACUGCUUGCAAGGGAGCAGAACAUCGUUGCGUUGCUUUUAAGUUUGCUGGAGGAGGAGGAUUUCUACGUCCGGUACUAUGUUCUUCAGCUUCUCACGCUACUUCUGUCCGUUUCACCCGCUAGAUUGCAAGAGGAAGUCCUAGCAACACCGCAAGGCAUCACAAGACUCAUGGAUAUGAUGCUGGAGCGCGAGGUGAUCCGGAAUGAAGCACUUUUGCUUUUGACUCACCUUACCCGUGCAGCCAAGGAGAUUCAAAAGAUUGUUGUUUUUGAAGGCGCUUUUGAGAGAGUGUUUCACAUUGUAAAGGAAGAAGGAGGUUCGGACGGAGGGAUUGUUGUCCAGGACUGUCUGGAAUUGCUUAACAACCUUUUGCGCAAUAAUUCGUCCAACCAGGUGUUCCUUAGAGAAACCAUGGGUCUAGCAAACGUGGCUUCUCUUUUGAGUUUGCGCAAAGGAGGCGGUGACGCCUCUCAGCAGAAGUCAGUGAACUUAUUAUGUGCUCUGGAAACAGUUGCCUUGUUACUAGCUGGGAGUGAAGACGUGGAGCCCGGGAAGGAUGCAAACCUGGCUGCUAAUAAAAAGCUUCUUGCUCAGAGUGAUGUUCUCAGCUAUUUGUUGGGGCUUAGCGUUGAAGGCAGGAUUUCGGCAGUGGCUAUUCGAUGCCUGGCACUAAAAUGUGUCGGAGAUCUUGUAAAUGGCCACGCUGUCAACAGAGACAUACUAGCGAACAAGCUAGUCGGUGACGAAGGUGAUGCAGAACCAGCUAUGGUGUGCAUUCUGAGAGUGUUACUACGUACGCCCAACAUAAACGAGUGUAUCGCUGCUGAGUACGUGAUCAAAUGCUUCUGUGAGGGCAAUCCAGAUGGUCAGACAAUGCUGGCAUCGACAAUUACUCCUCUACCUCAGUCGUCUAGGAAGAGAGAAGAUGGUCACCAUCUUUCAUUCGGAAGCAUGCUGAUCCAGGCGCUGGUUGGGAUUGAUGGCAGAAAUGACUUGGAGGCAAGUUGCAGAGCUGCAAGUGUUUUGUCUCACAUUCUUAAAAACAACAUCAAGUGCAAAGAACGGGUUUUGUCAAUCCCUCUGGAAAUACCUUCUUCGAGGCUUGCAACUCCGGAGCUCCUGUUGCCUCGGUGCAUGAGAUAUCUAGCUGCCGCUUCAGCUUCUGUAAGACAUGAAAGCGUAGACAACGUGAGCACAGCUUGGCUGCAACCGGUCAUUCUGAGGCUAUUGGUGACAUGGCUUGCCGAGUGUCCACCAGCAGUAGCUGCAUUCCUGGAGACGGCUACUCACCUUCCGUUCCUGGUGGAGCUCAUGUCCAGCAGUGGAUCGCCUGUAAGUGUUCACGUAGCUGGCCUCGCUGCAGUUCUACUUGGCGAGUGUAUAGUGUACAACGAAAACAAGCCGUCACCCUCAUCGUCAGCUGGGACAGAUGCGUCUGCAGUCCUAGAGAUGGUUAAUCAGAGAAUCGGGCUCACAGCAUUCUUUUCCAAGUGGGAGGAUAUGAGACUAAGCCCCUUAUUUAUCGCUUCAUCGACACCGACUCGACUUCCGCAGGCACUUACGAGAUCUACAGCAGCUGCAGUAGCUGCUGGUGACGGAUUUAUAGCUGCUGCUGCGUCCACUGAAGAAAAACUGGAGUUGGGAUUACAUUCCGGUGAUGCAUCUCCAGAGGCAGCUCUUCCACUAUUCUACGAUGCUCCAUUCGUUCAGUUCAUCAACCUCUUGGAGCCGGUUGUGCGGAACCGGAUCGUGGAGCUGUUUACAAACCCGAAGAGUGGGGUAGUCACCGUGGAGGUGGCGGGGUGGGAACGUGCGGAAGGCGAAAGCGAGUCGGACUACACGACGAGGCUGAAAACUGUACUUCAAACUCAGGCUCAAGAAAUACAGGAACUCUUGGCCAGAAACUCAGCACUCGCCGAAGAUCUCCUCAUAAACUCAAACGAAAAGGCCAUAGUUCAAGACUCGUCAACUCACCGGAGCAGUGCAUCUCUGAAAGCCGACGUCGAUCGCUUGAAGCAGCAGCUGGAAGAAUCCCAGCAGAAAACCACCGCAGCGAUCAACCAGAGACGGGAGUUGGAGUCGGAGGUGGUCUCGUACAAGCAACUGGCGUCCAAGUACGAGGCGGAGCUCCAGAGCCUUUCGAGCGCUUACAACGAGCUGGAGAAGAUAAACCACGGCAUGGAUGGACAGAUGAAGAGCAUGAGAAGCGUUGUGGAAGGCAAGGGAGUGUCGCUGAAGCCAUCGCCGGAGGAGCUCGAGGCGGCCCGGGAGGAAGGCCGGGCCGAGGCACAGAAGGAGAACGAGGCGGAGCUAAACGACUUGCUGGUUUGCUUGGGCCAGGAGGAGAGCAAGGUGGAGAAGCUGAGAGCUCGGCUGGAAGAGCUCGGUGAAGACGUUGGAGCGCUCUUGGAAGGGAUUGGAGGUGGAGACGAGGAAGACGAGGAGGACGAGGAGGAGCAGUGAUCUUCCAAGGUUCUUCAUGAAACUCUCAUCCAGAUCAUAUCACUGGGAGUUCCAGGUACUGGAUUCUACUAUGGUUAUUUCCUUUUCUUCUUUGGAAGGACGUUCUUCCAGAUCGAUUUCUCACUUACAAAGUUCCAGACGAAGCAAACUGGAAACAAAAGAACCAAAGAGUUUGAAAGAAACUUCCAUUUUCUCUGUACAAACGAAGCACACUAAAUUGACUGGAGGCAUAUUCUCUUGGAA